AUGUCCUCCGAAGAGAUAUCAACUUCACCUCUUCGAUAUGGCAGAAUCGCAAAGCUUCAAGGAUACCUCCCGCUCAGCGCAGAAGACGCGAGCCCUAUGGUAACACAUGGACAAGGUGUUCUUUCGCAGCUCAUAAAGUCGCGUUCUAGCGUUUCACUCCAUGCCGGAACACGACGGCCGUCUUCGGUUCGUGGUCGAGAUACCCCAGAUGAGGAGAUGGGGAUGGGGAGGAGGGUUCGACGAAACUCCAACGAUGAUUCGGAAGACUUCAGGCGGAGUUUGACAGAUGAGAGGCGACUGAGUGUAAUACUCAACGGGCCGCAAAUGCGAAGCCAACGGCUUAUCGGCAAUAGCAAUCCUCGUUACAAGUGGGAGAAAUAUUGGAAGACUGAGGAGGAACUGAAGACCAUGAAAAAGCCUUUACGGCAGUACUACGAGCGUACGAAUAAUCUCGUACAACAAUAUAUCUACAUCGAUCGAUUGCUAGACUCCAGCCUCCCGCAUGAUCUACUUAAUGAGUACAACGAUACCCCGAGCGGCACAUAUGCAGGGCCCAGCGGCACGGGACUACAAGAUGUAGAGGUACCCGCUACUAUCACUGAGGAGCCUGCAAGCUCCCCAUCACCAAGCGGGAUUUCGAAAAAUCAUAGUUUUGGAAGUAUCACAGUCAAGAAGGUCAAACGUACCCCCCGGCAUUUGUACAAAGUGGUCAAUGAAGAUACCCCUCUGCUCUCGGAUGCCAUCGAGGACGACGACGCAGAAGGAGAUGAUGGCCCGAAGCCUGAAAUACCUGGAAUGGAGGAUGAUAGCGUAGAAAGCGGAGAUAGGAUUGUUCAAAUCGCCAUUUAUGUGAAUCUGGCCGCAAACGCGAUUCUCCUAGCUGGAAAAAUUUCUGUCAUUGUGCUUACAAGCUCUCUGUCGGUGUUGGCGAGCUUGGUUGAUGCUGCUCUGGAUUUUCUCAGCACUGCAAUUGUCUGGACCACCACUAAGCUGAUCGAGAGACAAGAUUCCUAUAAGUACCCGGUUGGUCGAAGAAGGCUGGAGCCGAUCGGUGUACUUGUCUUCUCCGUCAUUAUGAUUACGUCCUUUUGCCAAGUUGGACUUGAGUGCUUCAACCGACUCAAUUCGAUGGAUCAUUCAAUUAUUGAGCUGACCCUCCCGGCAAUUGUAAUCAUGUCCAGCACAGUACUCAUCAAGGCUGCCUGCUGGGCAUGGUGCAGACUUAUUAAAAACUCCAGUGUACAAGCACUAGCUCAAGAUGCCAUGACCGAUAUUGUUUUCAACAUUUUCAGUAUUAUAUUUCCACUAGUUGGGUUUUACGCAAAGCUAUGGUGGCUUGAUGCUUUGGGUGGACUCCUUCUUUCAAUUUUUGUGAUCUUCAACUGGGCUGAUACAUCUGCUGGGCACAUCCGGAACCUGUCCGGCGCUGCUGCAACGGCCGACGAGCGGAAUAUUCUUCUAUACCUCACUAUGCGCUUUGCAAAAACCAUAAAACAAAUCCAAGGACUCCAAGCCUACCAUGCUGGGGAUAAACUCAAUGUCGAAGUCGACAUAGUUCUUGACGAGAACAUGCAUCUGAGAGAUAGCCACGACCUCGGAGAAUCGCUGCAAUACGUCCUAGAGUCAGUACCCUUCGUUGACCGUGCAUUUGUACACCAAGACUAUGCAUCUUGGAACCUACCAACCCACAUGCAACAGCAGGGCGAGUAG